AAGGUCAUAGACACAAAAAUGGCAGCUUCCAGUCGGUCAGUCGUUGUACUAAAAGCCAUAAAGAGUAUAGUGGUACAGUUUUGUCCCUUUGAGUCUAAUGUUCGUUCAACACGGGAGUUUCUGGUCAGGGUGGGAUCGGAAAAGGCCAGAAUGACCAACAUGAACUGUGAGGUGACCACAAAAGUGAAACAUGACAAGUCUGAACCUUUGGUGGACAUCACAUUCACGGAUGGGGAGACGUUGGUGAUGAAGGGAGCUGGACUGACCUGCAAAGAGAUGAUUACAGCACUGCAGUCACGCUGCAUAGCCAAGGACCCUCAGGCCAGAGCUGGAGCGAAGAAAUAGCCGCUUCUUCCGCAAUAUUUAUGUAUAAACCUAUCCAUUUGUAUAUUUGUGAAUGUGAAUAAAUGCUGUGUUGAAAUACAUUUUCUUGGU